AUGUCUGGAAAUGGUCACUGUUUUGUGGAGUGGAAAGAGCACUUUGUUUCACAGGAGAGGGGCAACCGUGUGGUUCACUAUUUCUUGAAGGAUUCUGCUGGAGAAUCCAUUCUUGCAGUUGUGGGUACUGAGAGGAGUGUUAGGCACAUGUUCUAUGUUGUUUCUGAGGAAUUUUUGUAUGUGCACGGAAAGGAAAGCUCCACUAAUGCUAACUUUAAAUGGAGGUCAAGAAGAGAGGUUGUGGAUUGGCUUACAUCUAUGCUGUCAAAGCAGCAUAUACAUGCAGAUCUAUCCGAAUCACCCCAACAUGAUUCGUCACAAGCUUCGGGGACUCCUGAAUAUCCAAUGAAUGGAGUUAGUGCCCCCCAGACCCAUGGCCGUCUUUCAAAGAACUUCAAGGGACAGAGUCCAGACAUUGUUUGGUCAGGUGUUGCAUGGACAUGUGGGAAACAGCUCAAGCAUUUUCCUGCAUUCUGUAGGGAUGGGAUUACAAUAGCGAUUAAGUCCUUUGUCUUUGUCAUGGCAAAGGGAGAAAAUCACUAUGUUGCUUAUAUUGAAGAUAUGUACGAAGACAAGAGAGGUCAAAGAAAGGUUAAAGUGAGGUGGUUUCAUCAUAGCCAAGAAGUCAAGGGGGUAACUCCUCUAAGAAAUCCUCACCCAAAGGAAGUUUUCAUCACACCAUAUGUGCAGGUCAUUAGUGCAGAAUGUGUUGAUGGUCCUGCAACAGUCUUAACUCGUGAACAUUAUGAAAAAUGCUUAGCUGUGUUUCCUAGGGCUUUAUUGGCCAGAGUACAUCUUUGUUGCAGGCAGUUUAAAAGUAACAAGGUGAAGCCAUUUGAUUUGAGUAAAAUGCAUGGCUAUUUUGAUCAGCCAAUUCUCUCUUGUUUGGGUCCCAACUUUUCAGCAAAAUCUGAGUUUAUAAGUGAUAGCCUGAUUGGGGAAGAAGAUGAAUUGGGUCCAAGUGAGUAUUUAAAACUAGGAUCUAAGAGGACUAGAAGUGGAAGGCCAUGCCAGAGGUUUGCAGCUAAUCAUUCAAGAGCAAGAAGUUCUACAAGAGAUAGCCAGAUGAUGGCAUAUAGACCUCUUCAGAAAUCAAAUUAUGGUUCGCUAGACAGGAAACUGUUUUCCAUGAAGCUUGUUGAUUAUCAGCCUUGGUAUACACCACUCUUUAAGGUUGCUGAAAAGAUAGAAUUGCUAUGCCAAGAUAGUGGCAUUCGAGGCUGCUGGUUUAGGUGUACUGUCUUGCAGAUAUCACGAAAACAGGUGAAAGUCCAAUAUGAUGAUUUGCAAGAUGAGGAAGGAUGUGGCAAUCUUGAGGAAUGGAUCCCAGCUUUUAGACUGGCUAUGCCUGAUAAGCUUUCCAUAAGGCAUCUAGGCCGCCCAAUGAUCCGGCCAGCCCCUCCUAAGGAACAAAUGGACCUUGCUCUUGAGGUUGGGACUGCAAUUGAUGCAUGGUGGAGUGAUGGUUGGUGGGAAGGGAUUAUCACUGGAGUUGGCAGCUGUGGUGAUAACUUUGAAGUUUUCUUUCCUGGUGAAAGCUUACUCUUGAACGUGCACAAAAAGGAUCUGAGAAUAUCAAGAGAUUGGUUGGGGGACCAGUGGGUUGAUGUUGAGGCAAAGCUUGAUGUACUUUCAGCCAUAUCUUCAAAAAUUAGCUCAUGCACUCAUCCCUUUACAUCGUCCACUGUUGCCAAAGAUAUCAACACCGAUGGUUUAGCUUUGUCGUAUAUCGAAGUUCCUUCUAGUACUAAACAUGUUGAAGAGGAAAAACUGAACUUGGAUGCAUCUUCCAGUUAUGAUGCUCCUGAAAAUAUGGACUUGGUCAAUGAUAAGAAGUCCUCAUCAUUAAAACACAUUGGUACUGAAGGUGUUGAUGUCAAUGACAGUUGUGGUGAUGCACAGGAUGUCCAAGGUAAUGAUGAUGAUGAUAACAAAGAUGACAACAAUUGUGAGGAUGACAAAGGUGAAAACAACGGUGAUGAUGAGGGCCGAGAAGGCAUGGAGGUGUUUGAAACUCCAGGGCAAAGCCCCAAAGCAGUAGAAAUCAUGGAAGUGACAUCGUAA